AAUAUUGACUACAACAACAACGGGCACUUGAUGCUGCGCGAUUCCAUUAGCAUGCAGCUACCAGAACGAAGGGCCCCGACAACAAAAUAGUAUUUUAAUAAUUCCUAUCUAGUUAUAAUGGCGGAAAUUGGACAAUUGUUUUUAUUCUUAUGUACCGUUUUCCAACUGUGCUCCGGUUUGACACUACCCUAUAUGGUGACGACGAAACCCAGGCACACCAAGUACAGUUCGUCCAUUGCGACCCCAGUUGCAAAUGGGUCCGUCGCGGUCCCGUCCAAUGCCACCAUCAUCGAGGGUAAGGGAGAGGCACUGUACAGAGUCAAUGAUAAUAAAGGCAGCACCUGCAUCCUGCUGAAAACCGAUGCCCUCAUUGAGCUGAGCUACAAGAGCAACAUCGGCGAGGAAACCGAGGACAUUUACAUUCCCGAAAACGCGCUGGUCGAGGGAAACUGCAAGUACGAGGAUGAGUCGUCGAUGCGGCUUUCCUGGAAAGGCUACACUCUGAUCUUAAGCUUCUCGAAGACACCUGGAGGUGAACGUUGGUACAUAACUAAUGUGGAAUUGCGCGUCAACACCAAUGUACAAAAACAUCACAAAAUUGCUAAUGGUAGAACCUUGGCCUUGUACCAUGAGAAGAUGGUGAUGCCUACUCCCGUUGGAAAAUCGUACAGCUGCGAUGAGACUGUUAUAACUCUUCUGCCCAAGGAGGACAUAACGACGCUCGAGGAUCUGAAGGGAACGUUGUACCUUCGAUCGCUUCGAAUACAGCCGUUCAUGUACAAAGGACCCAACUUCGAGGUGGCCUUCAAAUGUAACGCCGCGAAAAGCUUCCACGAUGAGACGGCUCCGAUAGCCGUGGGUUCGACCCUCGCGGUGGCCGCCCUGCUCACCAUCACCGGAUACGCAGUAUUCAGAUAUUUCAAGAUAAAGAAGGUGCAGUACAAUACCAUGGAGUAAACCAAUCUGAAUUUUGAACGCAUUUCUCGCCAUCCCAAUACCACGAAUCCAUGAAGAAAAAAAAACAGAGAAAAACUAAAC